AUGCAUCAUUCCAAUACAGGCGGAGCAAAGAGUGAUGAUAAACAACAACAACAACAACAACAACAACAGCAGCAGCAACAACAGCAACAACAGCAACAACAGCAACAGCCACAGCAACAACAGAAUAGCUCAUUGUUUGGAAUGGUGACGCAGUCAUUGAGAGGAGCUUUGACGACUGGUGUCACUCACAAUCAUAAUCAAGGUGGAGGAGGACAACAGGGGGUACCUGCACCACCGCCUCCAGUAGCAUCAUCAUCAGCAGUGGCAGCUUCACCAUCUUCACCUUCGAUACAUAUGUCAAUAGCUGGUGGCAACAACUAUGGCUACUCCGAUUCGACGACCUACUCUUCAACACCAACUACAACAGCAUCAUCAUCACAUGGCAACAGUGUCAGCAACUUGUUGUCGGCAUCACCGACACUGAGCUCGACACCAUCGGGUGGCGCAAGGAUCAAGGUGUCUGGCUCCUCGUCAUCGUCACAGCUGCUCUCAUUGUCGGAACAGGCGGCGCUCAAAGAGAAGGAACGCGAGAAGGAGAGAGAAAAGGAGAAGCUGGAGAAGAAGACAAAGAGCAGGAAGCAAGCCAUCAAGGGCUUCAUCAAAGAGAUCACAGAGCGACGGCCGGACCAUUUCGGCGAGCUGUCCUUCCUGGAGAGCAGCAAGGUUGGCAUGGAGGAUCUGUCCGAGAUGAAGGAGUUUGACGACGAGUCAUUCAUCAACAACAUUCAGCUGAGGUUCAAGAAGAACAUCAUAUAUACCAACAUCGGCCCGAUACUACUCUCAGUCAAUCCAUACCAGAUACUGCCGAUAUACACACAGGACAUACUCAGGCUGUACAGAAAGAGGGAUGGCGAGCGACUGCCUCCACACCUCUUUGCACUGGCUGAGCGCGCCUACAUGAACAUGGUAGACUUUCAUCGCAACCAAGUCAUCUGCAUCAGUGGCGACAGCGGCAGUGGCAAGUCCGAAAACAGCAAGCUGGUGCUACAAUACCUGUUGGCAAUCAAUCCAAAACAUUCAAUGGACAUUGAGAACCUGAUACUCGAGUCUGGUUCCAUACUUGAAUCCUUUGGACAUUGCUCCACCGUGUCCAAUCCAAACUCUUCACGAUUUGGAAAGUACAUCGAGGUGUAUUACAGCAGCGAAGGAGAGAUAACAGGUGCAAGAUUAUACAAUUACUUCUUGGAUGAAUCUAGGAUAUCAUAUCAGGGCAAGGGCGAGAGGAACUUUCAUAUCUUCUAUCAGUUCCUCACUGGUGCCACGGAGGAGGAGAAACAGACGUACAAGCUUGGCGAGUGGAGCAGUUACUAUUAUCUGAAUCAGGGCGUGACGUUCACCAUCGAUGAGAUCAACGACGCCCAGUCAUUCGAGCGACUCAAGAUGGCCUUUAGCUUCUUUGACUUUACCAGCUCCCAGAUCGACCUCGUCUUCCGCACGCUCUCCUUUAUACUCAACCUUGGCAAUCUCACCUUUUGCCAAUCCAAGUCCAAGGUUGACGUCAAGGACAGGACAUACCUUGAGGAGUUAUCAAGAUCAAUCUCAUUCGACACGGCCAAACUGGAGCAGAUUCUGCUGCCAGAGAAGACAAACUCGGCUCAUGAUACCACAGAGAACAGGGACAAUUUGGCAAAGUCAUUGUACGCCAAUCUGUUUCAAUGGAUUGUCGAUACGUUGAACGCCAAGCUGGCGCCGCCGACGACGCACGAGCAUCUGAUCGGUGUGCUCGAUCUGUUUGGCCAGGAGAACGCGCAGCUCAACGGCUACGAGCAGUUCUCCAUCAACUUUCUCGAGGAGCAGCUGCAGCAGCUGUACAUCCAGACCAUUCUCAAGAAUGAGCAGGACGAGUAUAAGCGUGAGAAGCUGCAAUGGACCAACCAGGUGCCCUUCAAGGACAAUGCCGAGUCGGUGGAGCUGAUGGAGAAGAUUGUAAAUUUGCUGGAUCAAGAGUCCAAGAACGUCAACUCAAACGACGCCAUAUUCCUCGAGAAGCUCAACCUCUUCAUUGGCAAGCAUCACCUGUAUCACAUCAAGCAGAAGAGGUUUGGUGUGGAACACUUCUUUGGAACAACAUUCUACGACAUCAAGGGAUUCAUACAGAAGAACAGGGAUGAGAUGUUUAUCAAGUCAUCAAGCAACCUUUCAAAGAGUUCCAUUAUCAAACUGCUGUUCAGUACUAUCUCAUCUCAUAAUGGUGGCGACGCGAACAACAAUAACAACAACAGCAGCAGUAUCAUCAACAACAACAUCAACAAUAGCAACAACAACAAUGUAUUACAGACAAAGCUAAAGUCAAGGCGAACACCAUUAUCAAUCAUCAAGUCACUGCCACCCAACUCAAACAUACACUUCAUUAGAUGCCUGCGACCAAACUCAAAGAAGCUGCCUAGUCAGUGCGACUCAAAGGUGGUGAACGAACAGGUCAAGACAUUGUGUUUGGUCGAGACGUCAAAGAUCCAGAAGUAUGGCUUCACAGUGAGCUACAAGAGCAAGAUGUUCUUUGAGCGCUUCCCCUUCUUCAAACAGUCGCAAAAGGCAUCGUCUUUUGCCAAUCUGCUCGAUCGCAUGAAGGAGAGCGGCAUCCAGAUCGACUCGAUCCUGUCGCCCUGCUCGCAGAUGGGCAACAGCAAGGUGUUUCUGCGCUACACACUCGGCCAGCUGCUGGAGGAUGAGCGCCAGAAGCGCCGCUACGCAGCAGCCAUCACUAUGCAGAAGACAUGGCGAAUGUACAAAGAGAGGAAAAACUACCUGGCCAUGAAGAAGGCCGCCGUGUCGAUACAGAAGUGCACGAGGCGCUGGCUGGUGCAGAGACGAUAUCACUCAACUCGCGCCGCCAUCAUCAUACUCGAGUCAUUCUCACGCAUGGUCAUUCAGAGGACGAGAUAUCUGCGCAUCAGAGACGCGGCACUGGCACUCCAGACACUGCUGAGGUCGCACAUGACGCGUGUCUACGUGGAGGAUCUGUCCAAGUCCAUCCACAAGUGUGUGCAGCCGCCUCCACUGCCCCUAUCACUCAUCGUCCACAUUCACAAGUCGCCCACGAUCACUCCGCCUGUCUCUCCCACUGGCAACUUCUUCCUCAAGCAGUCGACCAGCUCGGCGGCUUCAUCCUCAUCGACAUCAUCAUCGCAGGUGGCCACCCCUACCUCGACCUCAUCAUCUGUAUCAUCUUCUCUGACACCAACAUCUGGCACAGUCACUGGCGCAGUAACACCUUCGUCUGGCACUGGCACAAGUACAUCGACCACGACAACCACAUCGACAUCAGGCAAUGACUCUGGCACAAACAACAACAUCGUCACAAGACACCAGCCAUCCAUCCCUAUUUAUAAGGUGAGGUUCGAUGGUCAACCGAUUGACACCUCCACCUCCACCUCAUCCACAUCCACAUCCACCACAAGUAGCAAUGUUGUAACACCAUCGAUUAACAUUCAAAAGAUCACACAUCUUCCUGUUCGACCGACGAACUUGGUACGAGGCGUACCACCCCUGCGGAUUGGCUCGGUUCGCAAGGAGUCUACAACAUCAUCAUCCUCCUACACAUCAUUAUCGUCGCCAUCACCAAGCUCUGUGACGCCCAACUAUGAGUCACCGGCCACAGAGUCGCCAGCAAUCUCGCCACCCAUCUCACCAAAGGAUAAACUAGCGACGGACAAUCAAACGGGCCAGACUGGACCAGUGUUGGAGUCUCCAAAGAGGGGACAUCAUCCUCACAUCAGCAUAUUCGAUCGCGCCAAGUCAUUGAGCAGUCUGACAGACAAUGACAGUGGGUCAUCGUCGUCCAACAACAAGAAGUACAGCGCCAGUGUCAUUGCGCCACACUCACACAAGAAUGGACCGGCCUCAACUUCAUCUCCACGCCAGCCAUCACCGCGCCAGCUGUCCACGUCACCAAGCGGCGCAUCGACCUCGACCAGCAUUCGUCGACUCAACUCAAACAGCUCGAUCAAGUACAACAUCCAUCUCACCGAACAGCUGAUAUCGCCGGGCAAGGCGAAUCCAGUGUCACCACGCCUCUCGCCCAGCCCACCAUCCUUCAUCCACUUCCCCUCCACAUCAUCUAUCGCUUCGCCCUCGUCGAUCCAGAAGAAGCCAGCGACAAUUAGCAGCGGCGGCGCAAGCAGCAGUGGCUCGGGCUCUUCCAAGAAGAACUCAGAGUUGGUGCCGCCCGUGAUGCCUAUCUACCGUGCGACGUCAUCCAUUCCCCAGCACAUGUUGAACGAGGCCUCCAGCCUCCAGAGUCCACGGCGCAGGUCCAAGUCCAUUGUGGUCAAGCAGGCGGACGCACAGGAGUUCAUGUUCAUCGACUAUGCCAAGCAGAACUUUGAGCUGCGCUCCAAGAAGUCAAUCAUUCGCAAGAAGCCCAUCUCAUUCGACAUCCUCACCAACUACUCCAAGAAGCUCACGUCGCCCCUGCACAAGUUUGACGAGCCAGCGCUGGAGAAGUUGGCGCUGGACAUCUUUGAUCAUAUCCUGAUGUACAUGGGCGAUGCGGAGCGCGAACGCAAGCGCAGUCUGGGCCAGCUGGCCAUCCACAUUGUCAAGGCGGCACUGGAGAACCCCGAGCUGGAGGAUGAGGUCUACUGCCAGAUCAUCAAGCAGAUCACCAACCAUCCCAAGCGCGAGAACAAGCUGCGUGGAUGGGAGCUGAUUGCCAUUUGUUGUGGUUCGUUCGCGCCCACCCAGCGCCUGCUCAAGUACCUCUCUAGCUUCCUGCUGCACCGUGGCGAUGACCACGACGACGAAGGCUUUUCCAAGAUCGCCUUUAAUCGUCUUCAAUCGAUCACUAUGCGAGGCCCACGUGCACUGCCCCCAGUCGAGUCUGAGAUCGAAGCUCUGCGCCUGCGCCUCAUGCUUCGCGUCACAUUCCUGUUCCCUGACGAUGUUGGCGAGGAGAUCGAAGUGGACUCGACUACGACCGCGGGCGAGGUCACCGAGACGCUGAUGAAGCUGGCAGGUCUCAAGUCAGAGUCGCAUGUCUGGUCCAUCUUUGAGAUCUUCAAGAACAAAGAGCGCAGCCUUCGCAAGAAUGAGUACAUCCUCGACGUGGUGAGCAAGUGGGAGUCGUACUACCAAUCGGUCAACCUGUACAACCUCUCCCACGGCGUGCCCACCAACCAUGGCGAGAUCAUCUCACUGGAACAGUUCCAGUUCUGCUUCAAGGUGCAGAUGUUCCUCAAGCCAUCCAAGCCCCUCACGAACAAGUUUGACAUCCAGUUCCUGUUCCAUCAGCUGAUCAAGGCCAUCCUCAAGGGCCACAUGCCCAUUCGCGAGUACGACCUCUGCAAGCUUGCCGCACUGCGUCUGCACUACGACCUGCUUUGCAACUCCAAGCCCACGUCGCAGUCGGACUUAUGGCAGCGUUACAUCCCCGAGAAGAUGCUGAUGCUGCACUCGCCCAAGGAGUGGCGCGACCUCGUACAGGAGCGUCGCUACGAGUUCAGCUCGCACCUGCGCAUCCUCUCCAAGGACGACCUGCGCUAUGUCAUUGUCAAGUACAUCACGUCGCUGCCAUUCUACGGCUCGACACUGUUCCUCGACUGUCUCCAAGACCAGUGGAGCGAGAUUGAGAUCCCCGGCGCAUUUGAUGGCUUCCAUCUGGUGAUCGACGUCAAUGGCGUGCACAUCAUCGCCAAGUCCACAGUGGACAUCCAGAGGAAGGUCAUCCCGUCCGAGCCCCUGUCGGCCGCGGACAACGAUCCUCCCACCCCUCGCUUUGACGUGCCACACUCAGCAGGAGACAACACUGACGGCCAGGACGGCAAGUCAGCAGCCAACGACGACGAUAACGACUCAGAGACCAAUGGCGAGACCAAAGAGGAGGUUGGCUACUUCUGCAAGCUGUUGGGCAAGUCGCGCAAGUUCCGUGUUCUCAAGUCAGUACCUUACUCCAGCGUGCUGCACCAUCACGUGGAUGUCGAAGCCAGGACCAUCAUCAUCUCAGUGAACAACGAGGAUCUGCUCAUCCAGACGCCACAGUGUCUCGAGAUGGAUGCGCUCAUCACUGGCUACAUCAACUAUCUGUCGUCAGACUCCAAGUGCGCAGUGGCGCUGCGCGACUACACACCACCAUCCGACAAGUUUGGCUUCAAGAAGGGCGACAUCAUACAGAUACAGAGCAGAGGCGAGGAUGGAUGGUGGACAGGCACAAGCAGUGGUGGCGUGGCGGGCACAUUCCCAAUGAACUACGUUCAGCCACUGAUCAAUCCACCCACCAACAACGAGAUCUCGUUGAGGACACUUCCCAACAGGACCAGCAAGAGCUCGACCAAGGUGAAUGCCUCCCAAACAAUGUUCACGACCAAGACUGUGGAGAUUGGAACCAAGCACCCUCUGAUGCAGUACGUCCUCAACAGGUUCAGAUCACUCCCUGCACUCAAGCUUGCCGAGGGACUGAAGCACUCGACCACCCUCAAUGACUCAAACAUGUUCCUUUCUGAUCUACCCAUGGAGCUCCAGAAGGAGUUGGAGUUCAUCUUCAUUGAGAUCAUGAAGUACAUGGGAGACUAUCCAUUGCCCCCAAAGGAACACAAGAGCAGACUACUGCAGAACAUCAUACAACGUGGAAUCAACAAACCAAGAAUCAGAGACGAGAUAUACUUCUACAUCUGUCGACAGCUCACACUGAACCCAAGCUUCGAGGGUGUAAGGAAAGGAAUGAUUCUGUUCAGUUUGUGUGCAGGCUGCUUCCCAGCCACUGCAGAGCUGUUCCCCUUCCUGAAGCAAUUCCUCACGCAGAUAGACAACACGUACUCGCAGUCCAGCAUCAAGAAGCUACAGUGCACCGCCCUAAAGGGUCCAAGACUGUACGCGCCAUGCAAGAAGGAGAUACAUGCUGUCAAGGAGAAGAGAAUGAUCUCUUGCAAGAUACAUCUGGCCAAUGGCCCCAUUCAUCCAGUCGAGAUUGGACCCUCGACAACUGCCAUCGAGGCACUCAAGGUGCUAGUUGAGCAGCUCGACCUCUCCUACGGCAAGGAGUUUGCCAUCUACAAGGUGUGGAAUGGCAAGGAGCAAUGUCUAAAGGAACAGGAGAAGAUUGCAGACGUGAUGAAGUUCUUUGAGGACAAGGAGAAGAAGGCCAAGAAGCUGUCGUCUGAGGAGGAGUUUGCAUCAGGCCGACUGGUCCUACUGCGCAAGCUCUGGAUUCCACACGCAUCCUACUCGAUGAGCAAGGGUAUGCUCGAGCUGAUGUUCUAUCAAUGUGUACAUGAUGUGCUAGCUGGAAAGAUUCCAAAUCUUACCGAAGAGCUCUCGAUCACCCUUGCAUCCUAUCAGCUCCAAGCACAAGAGGGUGAUUACAAAGCAGAGUCCCCAAUCAUCACAGAUGACACUGUAUCUAUGUUAAUACCAACAAUAUUGAUCGAUAACAUGGCAUUGUCAGAAUGGGUUACCAAGAUCAAUCAUGCACAUAGUGAACUGGCUUGCAAAUCGAUCACACCGGAGAAAGCACUCUCAAAGUAUCUGGACCAAUACUAUUCCUUCCCGUACAGUGGCACGACAUGGUUCUCGAUCUAUGCCAAACGCAAUCAACAGCCAAUGCUUUGGAUUGGCAUCAACCAGACGAUGAUCAUUCUCUUUAAUGAGCGCAUGGAUGACGAACUCGAGCGUUGGGAGAUCGAAGCAGUUUCUGGAUUCACAUAUCGAGAGGACUCGUUCAGCUUCCUCAUCGGUGACUUGAUCAAUCCCACGCGUCGUCUGUUCUACACGGACCAAGGCGAUGAGAUUGGCGAGGUGUUUGAAACAUUCAAGUCACUUCCCAAGGUGGACCUGGUCGAGCAGGAGAGGAGGAUGGAGAAGAAACGAGAAAGGAAGGAAAAGGAGAUGAGGAAAGCAGCUAAGCAUCAACAACAAGAGGGAGGCGGCAACAACAACAAUGGCGCCAGUAGCAGCAACAGUUAA